UACAUCAGCAGGUUUAGAAUCAAUUUUGUUGUGGUGCUUUGUGGCUGCUGUUUAUCUACGUCGUACAAAAACUUUCUGAUCUGCUGCGAAGUAAGAUUGAGGGUGAUUAUCGAUUAUUUUCAAACUAAGAAAAGGCGUUUAUCAGCAUUUGGAUUUUGUCGAAUACAGAAUAUUCACAAAAUCGGAGUGCUCCAACCAUGAAGCUCUACUUGCUCAUCGUGGGAAUGGCCGCCGGGCUCGUCCUGGUCAACGGAGCCAUCAGUGGCACCGGAUCUUGCUCCAUCGAUAAAGGAACAUGCACUUCCCUCUUCUCCGGUUUUCCGCACGUCCAAAGCGACUUGAACAAGUACACCAAGCAGAUGCUGGAUAAGUCGUACGACUUCCUGCUGCUCUCGUCGGCGUUCGACGUCUACAGUCUGGACCGGCCUGGCUUCGAGAAACUAUACCGCAAGGUGUCGGACAAAGCCUGGGAGGACACCAUCGAGCUGAUCAAGUACCAAAGCCGUCGCGGUGGCUACGUCCAGCUGGGCGAAGAGGGCUCCACCAGUGUGCACGACGUGGCCAGUUUGCUGCAGAGCAACGAGACCUCCUCGCUGGGGUUGGCCCUGGAGUACGAGAAACUGCUGGCCACGGAGGCCCACCGUAUGCACAAGAAGAUUUCGCACGCCGACAGCACCAAGCACUACGAUCCGGACGUGGCCCACUAUCUGGAUGAGAAGCUGAUCGAAUACCAGAGCGGACAGAUCCGCAAGCUGUCCGGCUACAUUAAAAAUUUGAACGAUAUCAUUAAUGAGGCUAAUACCAAGGCGUUGGGCGUUCAGCUGUUUGACGAUUAUCUCGAUAAGGCGGAAUGAGCUGAUAAGAAAGGAUGCGAUUAAUUCGCCAGUAGCGUGAUGUAGAUCUCGAAUGAGAUUGCAAUUCAAGACAUCAUAGUAUAAAGCAUAUGUUAACGUAAUUCGAUUUAAUUAUUGGCAGUAAAUUUUAUGUGUUGCGUAAUUAAUGUUCAUGUAGCUGAUUUAUUUUAUAGCGGAUUAAACUGCAUUUUAGUGAUAAAAUUUAAAAAAUAAUCUGUGAAAGAAUGUAUUAAA